GAAACCAAUCAAUACAAGAAAGAAACAACAACACUAUACAUAUACAAAUAACUGAACUGAAAAAAAAUGGUGAAAACCGCCGAUCAGCACAAGAUGGCUUCGUCUCCGAGCUCCGGCAAUGCUGCGGCGGCGAUGAAGAAGAAGUACAAAGGAGUGAGGAUGAGAAGCUGGGGAUCAUGGGUAUCGGAGAUCAGAGCGCCAAAUCAGAAAACCAGAAUAUGGCUUGGCUCCUAUUCCACGCCGGAAGCCGCCGCCAGAGCCUACGACGCCGCGCUCUUAUGCCUCAAAGGCGCCGCCGCCGCCGCCAAUCUCAACUUCCCUCUCGACCACUCCUACCACAUUCCGCCGUCCGGCGCCGUCUUGUCCCCCAAAUCCAUCCAGCGCAUCGCCGCCGCCGCCGCCGCCGCCAACGGCGGCGGCGCAAUCCCCCUCUCCGCCUCUUAUUCCCCGUCCUCCUCCUGCUCCGCCUCGUCCUCGCCGCUCUCCGACACCGCCGGCAUUGAAGACGAGGAUUAUUUCCCCUCCAUCGACGCCGACAUCGCGCCGGCUCAUCAGGAGCCGGCUCCGGCGCCAGCCGUGGCGGCCAUCAUGGCGCAGUGCAGCUGGUACAACUUCGACUCCCCAAAGUAUAAUGACAUGCUUAUGAACGGCGCCUUCUUUGAUCCGCCUUUGGUUGAAGACGUGUACGAAGAGUUUGGAGAAAUUCGGCUAUGGAACUUCAACUGAUCUCAGAUUUAUUUAAUUUUAUAUUAUUAUAUAUAUUAUAUUAUUAGGUUAAAAUCAGUAUAUUCAAUUUAUUCUUUAAUUUUAAUGGCGACAAGAUGGAACUUGUUCGCUGAAUUAAUUACUUCACAAACAAGGCUACAGGAAGAGAGCGUAAUUUCAAGACUCCCUCCUAGGACGCCAUGCAAUGCUAGCUGUGUAGCAAUAAUUAUAUAUCCUCAAAUAUUAUUAUUUCUAUUUUAAUUUCCUUUUUAUUGUCUACAAUUAUAUUUACAAAAACUCUAU